AUGGCUGGCCCAAUUGAUUCUCCUGUAACCCCCCCUCGAACCUCUUUCAAGUCUACUGAUGGACUUGUCCCUGGCAAGGACAGUCCCAGACACCUGCGGGAAAAGUCCCCUGCCGACUCGGGUAUUGGGGACAUAUUCGACGAUGCUGCUACAACAACAACAAAUGGUUCACUUCUUCCGAGUGUAACUGUUGAAUCGGACGUGUCCAAGAGUUCCUCGUCUCGAAAGGAGCCUGAAAGCAUCAUGCCAGAAGACCCGUUUGACAGUCAGCAUAACCGCAUACUGUUCGAUGCCAUCGAUGCGCUUCAGUCCUUCGGAGCUGGGGAAUUGAACAUUCCUCAACUUAUUAUUGUCGGUGGCCAAUCUUCCGGGAAAUCAUCUCUUCUGCAGAGUUUGACUGGCAUCCCAUUUCCCGUUGACAGCGGAUGCUGCACUCGUUUUCCCACCCGUAUUGUCUCUCGGCGUACAGAACCAGACAGCGACGAUUAUUUCCGCAUCACAAUCGAUCCGGCUGAAGUCGAUGUUCCUGGCUUGGAUCCUGCAUCUGACAACAUCAGGAACUACGAGUGCAAUGGCAAGAUCCUCACCAAAGAGAGAUUCGCCAAGGUCAUUGAAGAGAUUUCGACCGAAUUCAUGGGCCUCCGAACAGGCUUGGGAGACGAUAGAAAGAACUUUGUCGCAGAGGUUCUCAAAGUCGAACUUUCUGGUCCGCAGCGUUCCUACUUUAGUAUUCUCGAUCUUCCAGGCACAUUUCAGAAUGCUUCCACCGUUAACGAGACGGACCAAGCCAAGGUUGAGAAUAUGGUCAAAGAAUACAUGAACAACGAAGACAACAUUGUUAUCUGCGUUGUAGAUGCCCCUACAGACUUUGAUCGGCAAGAGAUCUUGAGAUUGGCCAAGAAACCUAUCAAACAGGGCCGGUUUGUCGGCGUUUUUACCAAGUGCGAUAUGGUACAGCACGAACCUGAAGCAGCAAAGAGGAUUGUAUCAAUUGCAACCGGUAACUCCACCCACAGUCUCGGAAGUCUUCGUGAUGGUUGGUUCCUCGUUCGGAACAGAGCAGACAAGGACCCGGAUUCCUUCGACCUCAGCGUCGCAGAAAAGAAGCUAUUUGGUAGAGCCCCCUGGAACUUGGUUUCCCAGAGACGUCUAGGGUCUUCGGCAGCCAAGUCGUAUCUUGGAACUCUUCUGAGUUCAAAGAUCCGAGAGUGCUUCCCAACACUUCGCAGCACAAUUCAGCACAACCUUGAAGAGAGGUUGCAAGAAAAAGCCAUGCUUGGAGAACCUCGUUUAAGCCAUGCCGCGAGACAACAGUACGUUGUUGGAACUGUUCGGAAGUACGAGGAGAAGGCGCAAAUAGCCCUCGACCGUCCUGGUUUUCUUCAUCCCAGUAUGGAGAUCUGCAGGGAAGUCAGCCGCCUGAAUGCAGAGUUUGACAAGUUCAUGCGAAUUCACGGUGGGACCUGGCACUUUGAAGAUGUUGAUGUCGACCCUCUGGUCUUGAUUGAGGAACGCAUGGCACUUCAGGCAGAGGCCAGUGCUGAAGGUCGACUUCUACCCCCGCAUACUCGCAAAACUCCCAUGACGGAGGUUGAUCCCUCUCUGAACAAAGCGUUCCCUGGUCUAUCCGAGGUUCGAGAUACAGAUGAUCUCAUGAGAACUAUCAAUGAGAGACUGUCCAUGUAUCAGGUAUCUCAACUUGAUGGCGUGAUCAACCCGGAUAUAUAUCCGGAUAUGUAUCAAGAGCAAGUGAAGAAGUGGACGGCCAUUGCAGAGUGUCACCUCCAGCGGGUUGCUUCAGCAGUUAGUAGCUGUACGAGCUCCAUACUUGAUGCUGUGUGUCCACUCGAGGGAGACACAGGGCUCAUGUCAAGGGAACUUAGGGCUCUGUUGGGGUCAUCUUUUUGUCGAUCCGAGGCUCGAGCGUACGAUCGCUGCAAGUCUCACUGCGAGAUGGAGACAAAGUGUACGAGACUGCAAUCAACCGGGUCCCGAUUUGGAGAUGAGAUUCUGAACUGGAGAAGGUUCAGAUUCUUUGAAGCAUUCAGCAACUCUUAUACUGGUCCAGACAGCAAUCUUUCCCUUUGCUUUAACUCAAUUCAUCCCAGUCUGCAAAAGAACAUGGUCAUCGAUGUCCAUGACGUCCUGAAAGUGUACUACAAGAUUUCCCUGGAUGCUUUUAUCCGCAACGUCAACAUGCAUGUUAUCCAGUCAUUCGUAACUGCUGGAGAUGGUCCAGUUUGGGGACUCAGCACGAACCGUAUCCUUGGCCUUUCUGAAGAAGAGAUGAGGAUAGUUGGUGGAGAGAAUGAUAAUACUGCUCGGAGACGAAAGGAGCUUGAGCAUGAUAUUGAGAAGUUGCGUGGUGCUCUUGCUAUCGUGGAUAGGGCAACACGACAAACGGCCAGCUUGGAGAGAGAUUGA